AGUGCUGUAAAUAAAAAGUGUAGUGCUUAUAAAACCGAAUUUAACACAGGCUGUACUGCAAAACUAGAUAUAGUCAUAAAAAAAUGUACUCCGGCUACGAAAAGAAAUGACAAAUAUUUGAAACUGAAACCAGCACUCUGUGGAAAAAUUAAGAUAGAUAUUAUACAUAACCAUACUAUAGGAACAAGUGGUUCUCUAAAAUAUUUGAAAAUGUCUAAUGAGACGAAGCAAAUAUUUGAACAGUAUUUUGACAAUGGAAUGAGUGCUUCUGAGGCUUUUCGCUAUCAUGAAAGCAUGUUAAUGUUUAAUGAGAAGCCAUGGGAGAAGUUAGCAAAUGCUUCAAUUAAUCCCACGAAAAAUGUUGUAUAUUAUUUACACAGGCAAUGGACAUUGAAAAAUUAUGGAGCAGUUUUUGAACCUAUCCCAAAAUUGCAAGAGAAACUUACGUUUUAUGAAACAAGAGGAAUGAAAGUGGUAUUGGCAACAAAUCCUUGGGCAGUAGCAGUAGUUACUUCAAUAAUGCAAAGAGCACAGCAGUUGAAUUCUUCUAAAGAGAUUAUAUUUUGUGAUAGUACUUCCAGUUGCGACAGUACUGAAACUACUGUUACUAUUUUGCUAACGGUUACCAAAGCAGGUGCUAUUCCAAUAGCUGUUCUUUUACAUGAUGGACAGUCUAUAGCUAGUUAUGAGCAGGCCUAUGGUUUGUUAAAGAAAACAAUCUAUUGUUUUGGGAGGAAUACGCAACCACUCAAAAUUAAACAACACAACAUACAAAAAUAAGGAGAAAUAUAUUAGAAAUUUGAACCAUCAUGUUUUAUGACAAAUAACUGUAAAGCUGAAAAAGCUGCAUUGGCAAAUGCUUAUCCACAAUCAAGACAACUUCUCUGUUUUUUCCAUGUUUUGCAAAAGGAAUGGAGGUGGUUAUGUGAAAAGAAAAAUGGAAUUCCAUUAGAGAGGCGACAGUUUUUGAUGAACUUGUUUCGUAAGGUGAGAUUAGUUCUGUAGUUAAUUUGGGGGUAGUGUAAAUCUACAGGAGGUAUAUGUUUAAGUUUACAGUACAAUUAUAUUUAUAAAACAAUUUACAGCAGAUGUAUAUGAGUACUUUAAUGAACAUAUAAUUUUACUUACAUUAGAUGAUAUAUGUAUUUUUCUUUCAUUUACAGGUUAUGUAUAGCGAAACAGAAGAUGAAUUGACUAUGAUGAUACUGAACUUCAAACAGUCAUCUCAAGAUUUCCCUAAUUUUAUUAAUCGUUUUGAAAAAUUUUAUUCGAGAUCAUAAGAAUGGUUAUACGUUCACCGUAAAAACAUUAUCAUUAGGGGUAAUAACACCAACAAUUAUGCCGAAACAUCUAUAAGAAU